UGACUAGGUAGAUAGUAAUCUAUUCCAUAUUUAUGUACAAAUCAUACAAAACUCAAUUAAAGACAGUAUGUGGUAUCCUUUAAAUAGUGUAAUUUUAGAAUAAAAGUAUCUGUAAAGAAAAAGAAACCAAUAUUUUCCCAUGACCCUUUGCGGUUUCCUACACAUGUGUUAAUAUGGCCGACAAGCAGACUGCAUUCUCGAAGACGAAGAAGAAAAAGAUGAAGAAGCCUAAACAACAAAAGCAAAUGGCUGUUGAUGAUGUAAAAGUUGAAAAUGCAAUGACAACAAAAAAUAAGCCUAUACCUCAGCUGCAGAAAAAAAAACAGAUUGGCUUGAAUGGGAUUGCUGCGAAAAGUUACAAUAAAGUUGAAAAAAUUAUAAAGGACAGUGCUAUUGGUGCAAAGAAAAAGCAGAAAAUGAAGAGAAGUUUAGGACCAAGUGAAGAAAAGGUGAAACCUAAGAAACCCAAGUUGGCGAAAGAAGUGAAAGAGGAAUCGGAAGAGGAGAGUGAGGAAAGCAGCAUUGAUGAAGAGGAAGCAACAGGGACUCCAGUGGUUGAAGGAGGAAGUGAUCAGGAGGAUUCAGACAACAGUGAGUCAGUGGGAUCUGAUGAAAAUGAACAAGCUGUCUCUGAUGAUGAUGAAGUUGGUGAUGAUGAUGACGACAAUGAUGAUGAUGUUGAUGAAGAAGAAGAUGAUGAUGAUGAUGUUGAUGAAGAAGAUGAAGAAGAAGAAGAUGAUGAUGAUGUUGAUGAAGAAGAAUAUGAUGAUGAUGAUGAUGAUGAUGAAAGGGAAUCAGAGAAUGAUAAAGCUGUACAAAAGAAAAGACAAAAUUCUGGAGUAGAAAAGCAGGGUUCAAAGAAGAAAAAAGAUGAUACACAACAAUUACCUGGCACAAGUUUAGGAAUGGGCAUUUUAUCAGACACAUCCUUUGAGUCUUUAGAAGGAAAAGUAUGUGAAUUAACUUUGAAAGGUGUGAAAGAUAUGGGUUUCACUCACAUGACUCCAAUUCAAGCCAAGUCUAUUCCCUUUUUACUUGAAGGAAGGGAUCUUCUAGCAGCAGCCAAAACAGGAAGUGGGAAAACAUUAGCCUUCCUGGUUCCUGCCAUUGAGUUACUAUACAAAUUGAAAUUUAUGCCCAGAAAUGGGACUGGCAUUAUUGUGAUUUCACCAACCAGAGAAUUAUCUAUGCAGACAUUUGGGGUGCUGAAAGAACUGUUAAAAUAUCACUGUCACACGUAUGGCUUGAUAAUGGGAGGAACCAACAGACAAGAAGAAGCAAAAAAACUGGCAAAAGGCAUCAACAUUCUUGUUGCUACACCUGGAAGAUUAUUAGAUCACAUGCAGAACACUGCUGAAUUUAUGUACAAGAACCUACAAUGUCUAGUCAUUGAUGAAGCUGAUAGAAUACUUGACAUAGGCUUUGAAGAAGAAAUGAAGCAGAUAAUGAAACUCCUGCCAAAGAGGAGGCAGACAAUGCUAUUCUCAGCAACACAGACAAGGAAAACGGAUGAUUUAGCCAGGGUCUCACUGAAGAAAGAACCCAUGUAUGUGGGAGUUGAUGAUGACAAAAGUGUGGCAACUGUGGAAGGCCUAGAACAGGGUUACGUUGUGUGUCCAUCAGAGAAAAGGUUCCUGUUACUUUUUACUUUCUUAAAGAAGAACAGAAAGAAAAAGAUCAUGGUUUUCAUGAGUUCCUGUUUAUCAGUCAAAUAUCAUCAUGAACUUUUGAACUAUAUUGAUCUGCCAGUUAUGUGUAUACAUGGUAAACAAAAGCAAACUAAAAGAACCCAGACAUUCUUCCAAUUUUGCAAUGCCAAGGAGGCUAUAUUGAUAUGUACAGAUGUAGCUGCCAGGGGUCUGGAUAUCCCUGCAGUGGACUGGAUUGUCCAGUUUGACCCUCCAGAUGACCCUAAGGAAUACAUUCACAGAGUAGGGAGAACAGCAAGAGGAGAAGGAGGCACAGGACAUGCACUGUUAAUACUGAGACCAGAAGAACUGGGCUUCUUACGAUAUCUCAAGCAGUCCAAAGUACCUCUGAAUGAGUUUGACUUCUCUUGGAGCAAGAUUUCAGACAUACAGCCACAGCUGGAGAAACUGAUAGAGAAAAACUACUUUCUCCACAAGUCUGCCCAGGAAGGGUACAAAGCUUUUGUACGAGCUUACGCUUCUCACAGUCUGAAACAGAUCUUCGAUGUCAACAACUUGGAUCUUCAGAAAGUUGCCGUGUCAUUUGGGUUUAAAGUCCCCCCAUAUGUUGAUUUGAAUGUUCACAGCAGCAAAGGAGGUCAUGUGAAGAGGAGAGGUGGGAGUGGUGGAGGAUUUGGCUACCAGAAACAGAAGCACAUGCAAAAAACAAAAAUGUAUAAAUCUGUUGAUAAACACAGUGGAAAAGAAAGGAGACAGUUUUCUCGGUAGAACUACAUUUUUAAGACUUAACAAGGAGCAUUUUCAAUAGAAAUUAGCAAUUUUUAUAUGAAGGAUUUGUGAGGUGAAGUCUUCUCUGUGAAACUUAGUAAUCAGUGCAUGAAAGACUGGAAAAGUGAAAAAUUAAUAUAAGAUCAUCAUUUUACAUUUUAACUCAUAAAAAAUAAUGGAUUAAGAAAUGAAAUAUUUUCUUGAAAUAUAUACUGUAAUAGUAGUUGAUAUUUAUUUGUGUAAAUAUGUAUAAGUGCAGAAGAUACUUUUUAAUGGACCAUUUUGUAAUAUAUUACAAGUGUAAAGUAAUACUGUGCUUAAUUAAAGUGAAGUGCUGAACUGAA